ACUCCUCUUUCAGUAACGGGCAUGGUAAGAGAUUUCCUUUGGGCUGCCAACGCGAAACCACUUGCCACUAUUGUUACUAAUAGACGGCAGAUUCAGAGAUUUUAUAGAUCCUUGCAAAUGCAUGGGCAGAUGCAAGCACAAAACAAAGUCUAUGUUCACUAUAAUCACACUGAUUCUUGCAAGUUUUUAAGAUGGACCGCUAGAGAGAGCUUCCAAUUCAUGUAUGCAAGGCCUUGGGAAGAAGUCGUGGAGUUCUAUUCGAAUGUGGUGAAUGGCCAUUUAUCUUUGUCGGAGUUGUUUGGAACUCAGAUACAUUUUGCUCAUGAUAAUGCUAAAAUUCAAGACUCUUUCGUCGAAAGUAAAUUAGAGGAUUUUUCAGAUAAAGAUAAAUUUGGGAGGUGGGCAAGAGUAACAUUCAAGAUAGUUCUUUCAUAUCAUGGGGCAUCGUUUGAUGGGUGGCAGAAACAGCCUGGUUUGAACACUGUUCAGGGCUUAGUAGAAAGAUCGCUUGGAACAUUUGUUGAUGAGAAGAAAUCUCAACAGCUGAAAGACAAGUGUAAACCCCUGGAAGGUUGUGCUGUUGUAGCAGGGCGCACAGACAAAGGUGUCUCAGCUUUUCAACAAAUUUGUUCAUUCUAUACAUGGAGAAAGGAUGUUAGACCUCACGAAAUAGAAGAUGCCAUCAACAGUUCAGCGCCCGGAAAACUUAGAGUUGUAUCUGUUUCUGAGGUUUCACGUGCUUUCCAUCCUAAUUUUUCUGCCAAAUGGAGACGGUAUCUAUAUAUCUUUCCACUAAAUGAUGGAGAAAAUGGGGAGGAUGUUGAAAAUUUUAGUUCUCAUGACAAAUAUGAUGAGCAAAGACCUGGGAGUGGUGAACUCACCAGUAAGGAGAAACUUGAUGAAUCAUUUAUUAUUGACAAGGAUGAGCCUGAAGGUACAAUAAAACCUAGGACAUUCAGUGUAUGCAGGGUUAACCAGCUUUUACAACAGCUAGAAGGAAAGUUACUGUCCUACAAAAUAUUUGCACGAGACACAAAAGCUUCAAGAAAUGAAGGUCCACCAACAGAGUGCUUCAUUUAUCAUGCUCGGGCAACGGAAAUGAGAUUACCAUGUUCUGAUCACGGGCAAGGAAGAAAAGUUAUUUGUAUUGAGCUGGUUGCUAAUCGGUUUCUACGCAAGAUGGUCCGAGUUCUUGUGGCAACAUCAAUAAGGGAAGCGGCUGCAGGUGCAGAAGAUGAUGCACUGCUAAAGCUGAUGGAUGCUUCAUGUAGACGUGCCAGUGCUCCUCCGGCACCCCCAGAUGGGCUUUGUCUUGUUGAUGUAGGGUAUACCGAAUUCGAUCCCCAAAGCUGCAUUAUCCCAUGAAGUGUAUUCUAUGCUAGAGACAAGUUCGCUGUUGCGUGCUUUCUAGAGGCGCUUGAAGCUUCGGUUUCCAGAGUUUCUAAGGAAUCAUGACAAGAUGACGAGGAUUUAACAUCUCAAUCUUGUGGUCGAAAUGAUCUCAUGGAUGAAAGCAGUUAGUAGUGGCAGUUUGCUGCAAAUCCUGUUGUGUCUUUCCUAUAUUUAUUAUAGAAGUAGAUACUUUCUGCCUGAUUUUUUUUUUUUUUUUUCCAUUACUAUUUUUGGAAAAAUUUAUGCCUCAGUGGAAGAUAAAACAGUAAGAAGAAAAGGAAAAAGUUAUUUUUCUCUCUUUAAAUUUCUCA